AGAAAAAAAAGUAGAGAAAAAUUCCAAAAAAUGACGAACUUAUGUUCGUCACAAAAAUAGCAAGUGAUUUUUUGUCUUCAAUUGCCCCACUCUACUCUACUGGUUAGUUGUCUUUAUUAUGCUUUUAGAAUAAAAGAUACAAGAUAAAAUAAACCUGUUAAUUAUUUAUUAACUCCUUUUUUUCAAUUUAUAUUUCAGGUAUUUCGUAUUGUGGAUUAGCAUUACGACAUGUUACAAAAGAUUUCAAACUACAAAACUUUAUUCUUGGUUGUUUUAUGUAUGAUAUGGAAUCACAAACAGCACCAAAUAUUCGUCAAUUUGUGGAAUCUCAUUUAUUAUCAUUUGGUUUAACAUUAGAUGAUUCGAAAUUCGUAGUAACGGAUAAUGAAAAUAAAAUGCGUGCAGCAUUCAAAACUGGAUGUAUUCGUGUAGGAUGUUCAAUUCAUUAUUUGAAUAAACAAGUUGAACAUUCAUUUACAUCAACCGAUAUUGAUCACAAACCUGUCAAUUGUCAUACAGCACAAGAUCUUUUCGAAAGGACAAAGCGUAUAGUUGCACAUGUACGUCGAUCACAUCGACAAAUGAAACUCGAAAGAAAAUUACAAACAUAUUCUGAUACUCGUUUCAGUGGAGCGUUUUAUAUGCUGGAGGUGUUUUUGAAAGUUUAUGACGAAUUACCUGGUGUUUUAAAUAAACAUUUUAUGGAUGAUUUCGUUUCUAUUGACAAAGAGUUGAUGAAAGAAUUAUGUGAUUUUUUGGAACUUUUUGAUCGAGUUAUUAAUGAUUUCAGUGAAGAAGAACGACCAACUUCAGAUUUAGUUAUUCCAUAUCGACAGUUGUUAAUUGACCAUUGUAAAAUCAAUCGCGAUGAUAGUGUCGGAUUAAAGGAAUUAAAAUUGUUUAUUGGUGAACGAAUUAAAUUAGCAUGGAUACCUCAAGAUGAACAUUAUAUUGCUACUUUACUUCAUCCUUCAUUAAAACAUUUUGAUACAUCGCCAAAAGAUAAAGAUAAAGCAAUCAAUUUAGUAAAGAAUGAGUUAUUAAAGCAUGUACCAGUUGUCGAUGAUACUUCUCAAACAACAGCUACAACUAACAUGAUUACAAAAAAAACCUGA